CGGUGGAAGACCACGUGGCAUUUUUAAUAACAGUUCCAACUGCCCUGGCCAUCUUCUUUGCCAUAUUCAUCCUCGUGUGCAUUGAGUCCGUGUUUAAGAAGCUGCUGCGUGUGUUCUCCCUGGUGAUCUGGAUCUGCCUGGUCGCCAUGGGUUACCUGUUCAUGGGCUUUGGGGCCACCGUCUCUCCGUGGGACCAGGUGUCCUUCUUCCUCUUCAUCGUCUUCGUGGUGUACACCAUGCUACCCUUCAACAUGCGGGACGCCAUCAUCGCCAGCGUCCUCACCUCCUCCUCCCACACCAUCGUGCUGAGCAUCUGCCUGUCUACACGGCCUGGAGGCGUGGAGCACCUGGUCUGGCAGAUCCUGGCCAAUGUGAUCAUUUUCAUCUGUGGGAACCUGGCCGGAGCCUACCACAAGCACCUCAUGGAGUUUGCUCUGCAGCAGACAUAUCAGGACACGUGCAAUUGCAUCAAGUCCCGGAUCAAGCUGGAAUUUGAAAAACGGCAGCAGGAGCGCCUCCUGCUGUCCUUGCUGCCAGCACACAUAGCCAUGGAGAUGAAGGCCGAGAUCAUCCAGAGACUGCAAGGCCCCAAAGCUGGCCAAAUGGAAAACACAAACAACUUCCACAACCUGUACGUCAAGAGGCAUACCAACGUGAGUAUUUUGUAUGCAGACAUCGUGGGGUUCACCAGAUUGGCCAGUGACUGCUCACCUGGGGAGCUGGUGCACAUGCUGAACGAGCUCUUCGGGAAGUUCGACCAGAUUGCCAAGGAGAAUGAGUGCAUGAGAAUUAAAAUUUUAGGAGACUGCUAUUACUGCGUUUCCGGACUCCCUAUAUCGCUCCCGAACCAUGCCAAGAACUGUGUGAAAAUGGGGUUGGAUAUGUGUGAGGCCAUAAAGAAAGUGAGGGAUGCCACGGGGGUGGACAUCAACAUGCGUGUCGGAGUCCACUCUGGGAACGUCCUGUGUGGCGUGAUCGGCCUGCAGAAGUGGCAGUAUGAUGUGUGGUCACAUGACGUCACCUUGGCCAACCACAUGGAGGCCGGAGGAGUCCCAGGACGUGUUCACAUUUCUUCUGUCACCUUGGAGCACUUGAAUGGAGCUUACAAAGUGGAAGAAGGAGAUGGUGACAUCAGAGACCCAUAUUUAAAACAGCACCUGGUGAAAACCUACUUCGUCAUCAACCCCAAGGGUGAGCGCCGGAGUCCCCAGCACCUCUUCAGGCCUCGUCAUACUCUGGACGGAGCCAAGAUGAGGGCCUCGGUCCGCAUGACCAGGUACUUGGAGUCCUGGGGAGCAGCCAAGCCCUUCGCCCAUCUGCACCACAGAGACAGCAUGACCACGGAAAAUGGGAAGAUCAGCACCACGGAUGUACCAAUGGGCCAGCACACUUUUCAAAAUCGCACAUUAAGAACCAAGUCUCAGAAGAAACGAUUCGAAGAAGAGUUAAACGAAAGGAUGAUUCAAGCCAUUGAUGGGAUCAAUGCACAGAAGCAAUGGCUCAAAUCUGAAGACAUUCAGAGAAUCUCACUGCUUUUUUAUAACAAAAUCCUAGAAAAAGAAUACCGGGCUACAGCACUGCCAGCAUUCAAGUAUUACGUGACCUGCGCCUGCCUCAUCUUCUUCUGCAUCUUUAUUGUGCAGAUCCUCGUACUGCCAAAAACUUCUGUCCUUGGGAUUUCCUUUGGAGUUGCAUUUCUCUCACUCGCCUUCAUCCUUUUCGUCUGUUUUGCCGGACAGCUCUUGCAAUGCAGCAAAAAAGCCUCUGCCUCUCUCAUGUGGCUUUUGAAGUCAUCCAGCAUCAUUGCAAAUCGUCCCUGGCCACGGGUCUCCCUCACGAUCAUCACAACAGCCAUCAUCCUAACCAUGGCUGUGUUCAACAUGUUUUUCCUGAGUGACUCGGAGGAAACGGUUCCUCCCACUGCCAACACCACAAACUCAAGUUUUUCUGCCUCAAAUAACCAAGCAGCCAUUCUGCGUGCACAAAACUUGUUUUUCCUUCCGUACUUCAUAUACAGCUGCAUUCUGGGCUUGAUCUCCUGCUCAGUUUUCCUGCGAGUGAAUUACGAGUUGAAAAUGUUGAUCAUGAUGCUAGCGUUGCUGGGCUACAACACCAUCCUGCUCCACACCCAUGCCCACACCCUUGAUGCCUACAGCCAGGUCUUGUUUGAGAGGCCAGGCAUUUGGAAAGACCUAAAGACCAUGGGCUCCGUGUCCCUCUCUAUAUUCUUCAUCACACUGCUUGUGCUGGGCAGACAGAAUGAAUAUUACUGUAGGUUAGACUUCUUGUGGAAGAACAAGUUCAAAAAAGAGCGGGAGGAGAUAGAGACGAUGGAGAACCUGAAUCGCGUGCUGCUGGAGAACGUGCUUCCCGCCCACGUGGCGGAGCAUUUCCUGGCCAGGAGCCUGAAAAACGAGGAUUUAUAUCACCAGUCCUACGAAUGUGUCUGUGUCAUGUUUGCCUCUAUUCCGGACUUCAAGGAGUUCUACACAGAAUCAGACGUGAACAAGGAAGGUCUGGAAUGUCUCCGGCUCUUGAAUGAGAUCAUCGCUGACUUUGAUGAUCUGCUGUCCAAGCCAAAGUUCAGCGGGGUUGAAAAGAUCAAGACGAUCGGCAGCACCUACAUGGCAGCCACGGGUCUGAGCGCCGUGCCCAGCCAGGAGCACGCCCAGGAGCCAGAUCGGCAGUACAUGCACAUAGGCACCAUGGUGGAGUUCGCUUUCGCCCUGGUGGCAAAACUGGAUGCCAUCAACAAGCACUCCUUCAAUGACUUCAAGCUGCGAGUGGGUAUUAACCACGGACCUGUAAUUGCCGGCGUCAUCGGUGCCCAGAAGCCGCAGUAUGAUAUCUGGGGCAACACUGUCAACGUGGCCAGCAGGAUGGACAGCACCGGAGUCCUGGACAAAAUCCAGGUCACCGAGGAGACGAGCCUCAUCCUACAGACCCUGGGCUACACGUGUACGUGUCGCGGAAUCAUCAACGUGAAAGGCAAGGGCGAUCUGAAGACGUACUUCGUAAACACAGAGAUGUCCCGGUCCCUUUCCCAGAGCAACGUGGCCUCCUGAGGAACUUCCAGCUUUGGGCUGGAAGAGAGUCCUUUCUGCAAGGGCCUCCCGCGCUCUGACUGCGACCUCUGUCCCUUGUUUCAAUGUGUGUGCCGUCUGAUCCUCUGGACCUUUGAGGACUCGUUCCCCUGACCCGGUGGCAUCCCGGUUGGUGUCUGACAUGUGCCUAGAUUGUCUGCCACUUGCACUGUGCUUACUCCUAAGCAAAAGGAGAAAAGGAACGCUCAGAGAAGAAAAGCAUUCAAAGAACUGGCAAGGAGGAGCGAGGUGAAGCAAACACAAAUUCUUAAGGCAAUAAAACUGGGGGGGGUGUAUAUUAUCUCCGGGUGCAUGUUCUUUUCUGGAAAAUAUGAUAGCUCGCCAAAAGCAUCCACUAGUCUGAUAUCUAAACACACAGUGUUUGUGACUAAGUUGGUUCUGUCGCCACACAUGGAGUCUCUGUUCACCCACCACCCUCAUGUCUCCUGCCAGUGCUCACCCAGGGGCCCCCGCCGGCCCUGCCGCUCUUGUCACCUGUCUGGGCUGCGCCUCCUGACGGCGGCCGCUCAGCUGUCCACCCCCAGAAGUCAUCCUCACAGCCUAGAACCCGUUUUCUACCAAACUCGUCUCAUGGUCUGACGCCAUUUGUCUUUUGUAAGGUUAAUUCAUUAAAAGUUUUAUGUACUUUG